CUAUCUAUCUAUCUAUCUAUCUAUCUAUCUAUCUAUCUAUCUAUCUGUCAUUAUUUUAACUACACACAUUACAAAGUGUUAUAGAGUCAUUUUAAAGGAAGACAAAGAAGGAAAUUUAAAUAAGCACAUAUACAAUUUAAAUAAGAAACAAAACAUAAUAAAAAACCACCAGAACUUUAACCACCCUUGUUUUCCGCAGAGGACUGAGGAAUCACACCUGUGAUCGCUGUAGAUUUAAAGAAUAAUGCAAAAUAUGUUACUUUUCAGACAUUUCUGUUAGGAUCUAUGGAACUUCCAUUCUGAAGGGAGUUUGGAGUGCUUUCUUACUGUAAAGCACGGGUGGCCAGUGUUAUUCAGAAAGGUUCUUAUGUAUGUAGGUUUUCCCUGCUCCUCCCUAAUUAGAUAAUAAUUAGAGGACUGAUUGGCUAUAGAGUCCUCACACUUGGUUUUGAACAGCUGACCUAAAGGUUUCCCAAAAACCUGCAGACACACUGGUCCUUUGGAGAAUAGAUUGGCCUCUUCUGCUGUAAAUGUUAUUUAAAUUAUCAUAAAAUGGGAUUUUAAAGGGAGUCACUACACAAAUAGGUUUGCAUAAUGUGUCUGUGUGCAUGUGCUCAUAUGCACAUGAAAUCAUCAGUAUUAUAAUCCAUGUUUUCUGCAGCCCGUUGGAUCAGCAUGAUGGGUUGUAACGUGUUUCUUCUGCUGAAACUUCUACUGAUUUCAGAGUUUCACAGCCACUGUUCAUGCCUUUCACAUCAGUACCAUUUUGUAAACAUAAACCUGACCUGGACUGACGCCCAGGCUUACUGCAGACAGAACUACACUGACUUGGCUACCAUUGACAAUAUGGAGGAAAUGAAAAGACUAACUGAGUCUGUAGGUUCUAAUUAUACUGGGGAGGCUUGGAUAGGACUGAAGAAUGGAACAUCAUGGAGAUGGCAGUGGCCCUCAGGAGAAGGAGACACAGUGUACACCAACUGGUAUAAGCUUGCACAGUAUAUGCAGAAUAACGGCAAUAACUGUGUUGGGAUGAAAGACAACGGUUUUUGGAAUAAUAUUAAUUGUUCAUAUUCGAGUGUUACGGGGUAUUUCCUCUGUUAUACUGCUCCCUCCUCUAAAAACGGAAUAAAUGCUACCUGGAACUUCACCUUCAUUAACCAACAUAUGAAUUGGUCUGAUGCUCAGAGCUACUGCAGAAAGAAUUACACAGACCUGGCCACUGUGAGGAAUCAAGAAGAUAAUGAGUUCAUAAAUAAAAUGUUUCCGAAAGGCACUUUUGUGUGGAUUGGCCUGUUCCGGGACACAUGGGGAUGGUCAGACCUGUCAAACUCCUCAUUCCGUAACUGGAAAAAUGGCCAAAAUUAUUAUGUCAAUAACGCAUGUGCUUUAGCUCAGGUCAGUUUGAAUGGGAGAUGGACUAUAACAUCAUGUAAUGACAAGCAUCCAUUCAUAUGCUAUGAUGAUAACCUGAUCUUGGUAAAUAGCAACGUGACCUGGAAUGAAGCCCUGAAUUACUGCAGAACGCACCAUUCGGACCUGGUGUCUGUCCACAAUGAGGAGAUCCAGUACUGGGUCAGCAGGUUGGCUGAGGAUGCCUCCACUGAUCAUGUCUGGCUGGGGCUGCGCUUCUCUUGCUCACUGAACUUCUGGUUCUGGGUCAGUGCAGAAAAUGUCUGCUACCAGAACUGGGCACCAAACAACAUAUCCAACAGUAACUUGUGUGGGACCACAGGGGCAGUACAAUCUAAAGACCCACAUUACUGGGUCAGCCUGCCUGAGACUAAGAAACUCAACUUCAUCUGCUCCAAAUGUCAGGUUGAUCCGCGAAUGCAGUACGUGCAGGAAUUGUUAAAAUAUUUAAACAUGGAACUUAUCAUCAGCCCAGUCAUCCUCUCAUACGAUGCUGUAAGCAGGAUGGGAAGGGAAGCACGGGAAUCCAGGAAUACGGCCCGUUGGAUCAGCAUGAUGGGUUGUAAUGUGUUUCUUCUGCUGAAACUUCUACUGAUUUCAGAGUUUCACAGCCACUGUUCAUGCCUUUCACAUCAGUACCAUUUUGUAAACAUAAACCUGACCUGGACUGACGCCCAGGCUUACUGCAGACAGAACUACACUGACUUGGCUACCAUUGAUAAUAUGGAGGAAAUGAAAAUACUAACUGAGUCUAUGGCAGCUUCCACCUAUGAAGAUGGAAUAAAUGCUACAUGGAACUUCACCUUGAUUGACCAAUAUAUGAAUUGGUCCAAUGCUCAGAGCUACUGCAGACAGAGUUACACAGACCUGGCCACUGUGAGGAAUAAAGGAGAUAAUAACUUGCUACAUAAAAUGGUUACAAGUGGCACUUGGGCAUGGAUUGGCCUGUUCCAGGACACAUGGGGAUGGUCAGACCUCUCAAACUCCUCAUUCCGUAACUGGAAAAUUGGUCAAAAUGAUAAUGUGGAGUUUCACAGUCACUGUUCAUGCCUUUCACAUCAGUACCAUUUUGUAAACAUAAACCUGACCUGGACUGACGCCCAGGCUUACUGCAGACAGAACUACACUGACUUGGCUACCAUUGACAAUAUGGAGGAAAUGAAAAGACUAACUGGGUCUGUACGCUCUGAUUAUACUGGGGAGGCUUGGAUAGGACUGAAGAAUGGAUCAUUAUGGAGAUGGCAGUGGUCCUCAGCAGAAGGAGAGACUGGGUACGUCAACUGGAAUAUCGGUGAACCAAACAACCAGUAUAAUAAUGAGCACUCUCCCACCAUCAAACACGGAAUAAAAGCUACCUGGAACUUCACCUUGAUUAACCAACAUAUGAAUUGGUCUGAUGCUCAGAGCUACUGCAGGCAGAGUUACACAGACCUGGCCACUGUGAGGAAUCAAGAAGAUAAUAACUUGAUACAUACAAUGGUUACAAGUCUCAUACGGGCAUGGAUUGGACUGUUCCAGGACACAUGGGGAUGGUCAGACCUGUCAAACUCCUCAUUCCGUAACUGGAAAAUUGGCCAAAAUGAUUAUGUGAAUAACGUAUGUGCUUUAGCUCAGGUCACCUGGCCUGGGACGUGGGAUGUGACACCAUGUGAUGAAAAGCAUCCAUUCAUAUGCUAUGAUGAUAACCUGAUCUUGGUAAAUAGUAACAUGACCCGGAAUGAAGCCCUGAAUUACUGCAGAACGUACCAUUCGGACCUGGUGUCUGUCCACAAUGAGGAGAUCCAGUACUGGGUCAGUAGGAGAGCUGAGAAGGCCUCCACUGAUCAUGUCUGGCUGGGGCUGCGCUUCUCCUGCUCCCUGAAGUUCUGGGUCUGGGUCAGUACAGAAAAUGUCGGCUACCAGAACUGGGCCCCAAACAACACUGACUUCUGUGGAAACACAGCAGCAGUACAAUCUAAAAACCCACAUUACUGGGUCAGCCUGCCUAUGACUGAGAAGCUCAACUUCAUCUGCUCCAAAUGUCCAAGAAAGAGAACAGUGGUGAGACUGACUGUCAGUACUGAUGAAGACAUAAAGGAUCCUGCAUUCAGCAGCCUUCUGUUAACACAGUUGUUUAAAGCUGACCCUCUAGCUAGGAUGUCGGACAUCUCCGGGUCCACGGUUCUCGAAGCUGAUUCUCCGAUCAGCUGUGAACCACCCAGUCUCACUAAGCUUGCACUGGUGGUGAAUCAGCUUGGGGUAGGGAAGGCCGCAGGGACCUGUGGUAUCCAGGGUGAACUUCUCCAGGCUCUGAUCGGGGGCCUCAAGAGACUGAGGGAGGAGUCUGAGUGUCAGGGAUUGCAGAUGUCCUGGAUAAAGACUAAGAUCCAGGCCUUUAAUGACUUCUUAGGCACAGCCAUCAGUAAUGUAAUGCAGAACAGAAAUGCAAAACAAAUAUGGAAACACGUCUGCAUUCUGCUUUACAUGGAUCAUUCUGUGUACACCCAGAGACAUUCCAAAACAUUCUUAUUCGACACAGUAAAUAUUUUUACUAACAGAGGCACAAAGAGUCAUUUCAACAGAGAGAGAGAAACACACCCUUCCAACUCACAGAGACCAGCCCGUUGGAUCAGCAUGAUGGGUUGUAACGUGUUUCUUCUGCUGAAACUUCUACUGAUUUCAGAGUUUCACAGUCACUGUUCAUGCCUUUCACAUCAGUACCAUUUUGUAAACAUAAACCUGACCUGGACUGACGCCCAGGCUUACUGCAGACAGAACUACACUGACUUGGCUACCAUUGACAAUAUGGAGGAAAUGAAAAGACUAACUGAGUCUGUUGGCUCUGGUUAUACUGGAAAGGCUUGGAUAGGACUGAAGAAUGGAACAUCGUGGAGAUGGCAAUGGUCCUCAGGAGAAGGAGAGACUGGGUUCACCAACUGGAAUGAACAUGAACCAAACAACUGUAAUAAUAAUGAACACUGUACUGGGAUGUGGGACAACGGUAAAUGGAAUGAUGUUCCCUGUUCAUCACAGACUCAGACAGGGAAUUUCAUCUGUUAUACUGCUCCCACCAUCAAACACGGAAUAAAUGCUACCUGGAACUUCACCUUCAUUAACCAAGAUAUGAAUUGGUCUAAAGCUCAGAACUACUGCAGACGCAGUUACACAGACAUGGCCACUGUGAGAAAUAAAGAAGAUAAUGACUUGAUACAUAAGAUGGUUACAAGUGGCACUUUUGUGUGGAUUGGCCUGUUCCAGGACACAUGGGGAUGGUCAGACCUGUCAAACUCCUCAUUCCGUAACUGGAAAAAUGGCCAAAAUGAUUAUGUGAAUAAUGCAUGUGCUUUAGCUCAGGUCAGUUUAAAUGGGACAUGGGAUGUGACACCAUGUGCUGACAAGCAUCCAUUCAUAUGCUAUGAUGAUAACCUGAUCUUGGUAAAUAGCAACGUGACCUGGAAUGAAGCCCUGAAUUACUGCAGAACGUACCAUUGGGACCUGGUGUCUGUCCACAAUGAGGAGAUCCAGUACUGGGUCAGUAGGAGAGCUGAGAAGGCCUCCACUGAUCAUGUCUGGCUGGGGCUGCGCUUCUCCUGCUACCUGAACUUCUGGUUCUGGGUCAGUGCAGAAAAUGUCUGCUACCAGAACUGGGCCCCAAACAACAUAUCCAACAGUAACUUGUGUGGAACCACAGGGGCAGUACAAUCUAAAGACCCACAUUACUGGGUCAGCCUGCCUGAGACUAAGAAACUCAACUUCAUCUGCUCCAAAUGUCAGGUUGAUCCACGAAUGCAGUACGUGCAGAAAUUGUUAAAAUGUUUAAACGUGGAACUGCAUAGAUGAAGUAUUUACUUCCUGUGUUUCUGCUGUAGGGGUUGAAACCCCAGCUCUUGAUCUUCAGCACUGCAGAUUCAGAAUCAUAUAUGAUUAGAAGAGUGAUUGUGUACAGGGAGUCAAAUAUCUGUCAUUUCUUGUCAUUGUUGCAAUAAGAGUAGAAAUAAAUAAUCUAUAAAUA